GCGACGGGCACCGCGUGCGGGGCGCCCCACCAAGCCGGUAGAGUUCAGCUGGCCCGCGUUUUCCUGGUGGUUGCGAGCCCCCCGGGGCAUCGUAACCACCGGGGCGGGCCAGCCAGAAGAUUCUUUUUGGCACUCUGCCCGCAGCCGCCAUAUCGUGCUCAAGCGCAGCGCCAGCUACACGGGCGCUGCGAACACCACCGACUCGAACCGCGGGAAGAUGUCGAGCACCUUCGCCGACGCGUGCGCCGCGCUCCCUGCGGAGGUCCAGGCGUGGGUUACCAACAAUGGCCUCACUGACCACGGAACGGUGGCCGACUCUGUCACCCCAGAGUACCUGCGCGACCACGCGGGCGCCACCGUAGUGAAGCCCGUGGACAUCAUGUUCGUUGAAACCGUCGCGGGCGCGCUCCCCGAGAUCGUGAAGAAGGGGUCUGCGGCGUGGGCGAAGACGCUGGGCUUCUACCGGAAGUGCUACGCCGCCAGCACAGAGGCCGCGAACAAGCCUCCCGACCAGGAGGAGGUGGCGCCCAUCGAGGCGAAGGAUCCGGGCCACGAAGACUAUUACGAGCUGAUUCCGGAUUACCGCGAGAAGCGGCUGAAGGCCCUCUUCGAGGCGAGGCGUCACGACGUCGAGGACGCCCGCUUACCCAGCGCCCGCCUCUGGGGCCGCUACGAGCGCCUGCACCGCGUCCAGAAGGAGUUCGUCCCCCUGCUUGCGGACAAGGUCCAAUCCGAGGAAAUCGGCAAGAAGACCGGCCUCGCCAGCUUCCUGGGGCCCGUCCAGAACGGGGCGCUCGCCUGGAGGCUCCCAGCCAUACAGGAGGCCCCACCUGACACGCUGGAAGACCUCGAGACGUGGGCGUACAUCAUCGAGAACUCGAUCUUUCUCGUAGGGUGGGUCAAGGACAUCAAGUCCCUGGACGUCUUCCACCAGAGGUUCUGGGCGAAGGUCCGCAAGAACCGCGCGCCGCGACCGGGGUACCGGAACCUCUCUGUCGCAGAGUACUACGAGGCGUACCUGGUGUGUCAGAACCAGUGGCGCAAGGCGUCGAAGGCCGGGGGCACGAUCGACGACGCGACCCUCGCGUCCAUGCCCCCAGAGAACAGCGACCUCGACGUCGCACUCGCCAUGGCGCCGCGUCUCGUCGCGCAGCCCCGGGCACCCGCGCUCGGUGCCAACGGCGGCGCCCAAGCCGCCCACGCCGGCAUGGCGGGCAGCAUCAUGACCGCGCCGCCCCUCGCCCUGACAGACGCGGGCCAACCACCAACCAAGCGCAGGCGCCUCUCGAAAGCACAGCGGCUGCAGAACCGGCUGCAGCAGCUUGCGCCCGCAGGCCCAGAACACCGCGGCGACAAAGGCGAAGCCGCCGGCAAGGGCAAGCCGCGCCGGAAGCUCAACCCGCGGGCGCGCACCAGCCCGCAGAGCCGCGCCACCGCGGCCGCCACCGCACAGCCCACGAAGGGCGACCCAGGUCCACGCCCGCGCACGAGCACCAGCCCGCCUCAGCACCGCGGCGCGGGCACCCUCGCGUCCUCAGGCGGCACCACCAAUGCCCCAGACCCAACGGGCAGCACCUGCAGCGGCAUCACCAUGGUCGAUUAUGCAGCGAGGCUCCACGACCCUGCGGCCGAACAAGAAUUCGACGCCGUCGACACAAACCAGCUGCCGCCCUACGCGCCGCCGCCCGCCGACCCGCGCAGCCAGCAAAGCGCGCGCAGAGACACCGUGCCGUGGUACGCCGAGGACACUGCCCCCCCGCCACAGCACCCUGCCGCGCCAGGCAGAGCAGCUAAAGGCUUUACACAGCAGCAGCGGGCGAUCUCGCCGAACCAGCACGUGGACAUGGCCUGGGACCGGCAACACCGCCAGCCCGCGCCCCAGUGGGCGGAACCGCCCGCCGUGCGCCCGCCAGCGCCCAUCCGCAGCGCACUGCUCUGGGCGCGCGACUGCCCCGACUACGAACGCUGGGUAAUCGGGCAGGUGCAGUACUGGAGGCGCGCCGAGGCAUCCCUGAGCGAUGCGACACGCGCCUGGCGCGCCGGCCUCUCACAGCACGUCAAAGACGCGUUGCCGCCAACAUACAACGGCCCGCUGCACAGGGAGCUGCUCCUGGCUUCCGGCCAUGACGACACGGAGGUCAUCGCCGACAUCACGGCGGGCUUCCGCAUGCGGGGCGUCCUCCCAGACACGCGGCUCUACGAGCACACCGACAGCGCAGAUCUGCCUGACGCCGCCGAGCUGGACAGCGCUCUCGAGCUGGCACUGGACAACAGAGAUGCCGCACUUCGGGAAAUGCUCCUGAACACUAAGCGGGAGCCAGACAUGGCCGAGGUCCUCCGGGUCACCGAGGCCGAGCGCGUGUCGGGCAAGCUCGAUGGGCCCUGGGAAGUAUGGCUCGACCACACCGGCCAGGUGCGCUCCACCGUGCCGUUUGCCAGAUGGUUACCAACGCGGCGCUUCCCGCGCGUCCAGAACCGCACGGCCACUUCAUACAAGGUCCGGCCCAUAGACGACGCCACGGCAAGCGGCCUGAACCUCGCAGCAGCCACCCAGGAGCGCAUGAGGAUGGCAGGCGUCGCCUCUCUCCUCGACGCGGUCGCGUUCAUAGCGGAGGAGUUCCACGAGUGGGGCGAUGACGGCGUCCCCCUCAUCGCAAAGGGCGACCACGCGCAGGCCUACCGACAAUGGCCGGUACAUCCAGAUGACAUUCCACUGCUGGUGUGCUUGGUCUGGGACGACACCGUGGGUCCAGAGGGCGGAUUCCGCGCCUUCGCGCGCAAGGCGCUCCCCUUCGGGGCCUUCGGAGCAGUCUGGGGGUACACGCGCGUCGCCGCCAGCGUGAUUCACCCGCUCCGCCGCAUCUUCAGCGUGCCCCAGAACGCGUAUGUGGACGAUUUCCACCGCGCCUCCCCGGCCAGGUGGGCCGCCCUGCACGAAUGGGUGUUCCAGGAGCUGCACGCCAUGCUCGGUAUCCCGCUCAAGGACGGCAAGAACCAGGGACCAGCGGCCGUGCUGGAUCUGCUCGGACUGGACGUCAUCUCCACCGGGCACUGGGUGGGACUGCGCCUCACCGUCAAGCGGCGCGACGACCUGGCCGCGGACGUGGACUCCGCGCUCCGCGCGCGCCGCCUCAGCAAGCGCGACGCGGCCCGACUCGGAGGACAGAUGGGCUUCGCCACCACGGCAAUGUUCGGCCGUUUCGGCCGAGUAUACGCCUCCAACGUGUCGGCGCACCGAGGCGGCUGGUCCGAACGCCUCGCUGACGCGCUGGCGUGGUGGAAGGCGCUGCUGCGCUGCCCGAUUUACCACAGGCGCGUCCACGGCGACCAGCGGCCCGUCGUCCUCGGAUGGGUCGACGGGUCAUGGGACAUGGACACCGGCACGGGGGCCAUCGGGGGCAUGCUGGUCGGCAAGAAGCAGCGAAACACACAGUCCGAGCUGCUCGCCGUACUGGUGCUGCUCCUCACCUGCCCCGACGAGCUCCGCGGGGCCCGGUUGAUCCUCUUCGAGGACAACACGCCCGCGCUUGAAAACAUCAUCAGCGGCGCCGCCAACGACGAUCACAGCAAGGACAUCGUCGGAGCGAUCUGGCUCCUGCUGGGAGUCCUCGGCGUAGAAUUGUGGAUCGAAUGGGUCGCGUCCGAGAGCAACCCCGCGGACGCUUUCUCGCGACCUGGAGAACCGGAGAAGCAGGCCGAGGCAGCGGCGCUGUCCCGGCGCUACAGCCUCAGUGCGGCAGAGCCGCGUUCCCCCACCUCGUUCCGCAUGGACGCCGGGGCUUGGGCAGCUGCCGUGGCGGCCGCCAAGGAGGACUGGGCGCGCAACGACCGGCGACGCCGUGCCCUGACCGCGCUGCGCUUGGGCUCCGUGGACGCAGGCACCCUCGCGGCGCUCCUGGGCGCGAUCACGUUCGACUCGGAUGACAAGCAGGUCACGCUCGGGCGGCUCCGCACCCGCCGCGCCGGCGUCGUGGCUGCCGCGACGCAGUGCCACACUGAGCUGCUGCGCCUCUUGUGCGUUGCAGCGCGGCCGCACGCCCGCGCCCACGGCACCGCUGCCGUGGCCCUGCGCCAGGGAACGCCGCCGCGAGCGCCGCCAGGGGCCGCGCGUUGCAACGCGGCCUGCAUCGUUCGAGGAGUUGGCAGCCGAGGCUCUGCGACCAUCGACUGGCUGCAGUCCGUGCCCACCCCAGAGACCGCGAAGCUGGACGCGAACGACGUCGUCGUUGGCUUCUACGCGGUCCCCAUCGACGGCAUAAAGGAGCGGGUCCGCUCUGCCCCGCUGCGCAAGCUCGGCCUGGACGUCGCGCGCGCGGGCCCUACCGCGCUGUCGCGGCUCGCCGACGCGCGCCGCUAG